ACAUUCGAAAAGAUGGCUGCGUUGCCGUCACCGACACAGGUGGCUGGAAACCACAGUGCCAUAUAUGAGGCUUAUUACAAUGUGGUGGACCCCAAUGGGUUUGGUACGGUGGGUGGCAUGGAAGCCGCGCGAUUCCUUAAACGAUCCGGACUAAGCGACGUAAUCCUCUCAAAAAUUUGGGAUUUAUCAGAUCCCGGUGGACGAGGCUGCCUUGAUAAAUCGGGCAUGUUUGUAGCUUUAAAAUUAGUCGCUCUUGUACAAAACGGUAGAGAUUUAUCCGUAUCGAACAUAAAUGUGGACGUGCCUCCUCCAAAAAUGGGAGACAUUCCUUUACCCAAACCUGUAAAACCUCCACCUCCUAGCAAUUCUCCUUUAAUUACCUCUUUACCUCCAAGUGCAGUCGAUUGGACCGUCAAGCCCUCAGAAAGGGAGAAAUACGACAAAUUAUUCGACUCUUUACAACCAACAAACGGACUAAUUCCCGGCAAUAAAGUGAAAAACGUUCUAUUAGAUUCAAAGUUACCGUUCGAGACUUUGGGAAAAAUCUGGGAUUUAGCCGAUCAAGAUAAAGACGGAAUGUUAGACAGACACGAGUUUAUUGCAGCCAUGCAUUUAGUUUACAAAGCCCUUGAUAAGUUUGCAAUACCGAAUACUCUUCCUCCCGAGCUAAUGCCGCCCGCAAAAACGAAAAACCAUCCUCCACUAGUGGCCCCCUUGCUGUCUAAAGGCUUGGACGGCGUGAAACCCGACAUUCCACCGCCCCCGGCGGCCGCAGUAGCAGCCCCCAAGCCCGUUCAAAGUGUCCAACCGACAAUCCCCUGGGUGGUAACACCCGAUGAAAAAGCCAAAUCCGACGCCCUUUUCAUCAAAAGUGACAUCGACAAAGACGGAUUUGUCUCAGGACAAGAAAUUAAAAACGUUUUUCUUCAAUCCGGUGUACCCCAACCCGUUUUAGCCCACAUUUGGGCUCUAUGUGAUAUUAAACAAAGUGGGAAACUGAAUAAUGAGCAGUUUGCUUUGGCCAUGUGGUUCGUGGCGAGAUGUUUGAAGGGGGUUGAACCACCGACUGCACUUACACCAGACAUGGUGCCACCCAGUUUUAGGACUAAGGCGGCCGAUGGAUUGGUGGAGAACAAUAACACAAGAUACUCUAAUCCAGAACUUGAUAUGAUCAGUAAAGAUAUUGAAGAAUUGGCACGGGAAAAAUUAGCAUUGGAAACGGAUAUUGCACAAAAGGAAGCUGAUAUUAAAAUAAAAAGUGGCGAGAUUAAAAGCUUGCAGAGUGAACUUGACACCUUGGCUGCCACGUUGAAACAAUUGGAAAAUCAGAAAGGGGAAGCCCAGAAAAGAUUAAAUGAUCUCAGGGCCCAGGGUUCUGAGGUAGAGAGGGAAAUGGAAAUGGUCUGUAAAGAAAUCGAAGAAGAGACCAUCAAGGUGGACAAAUUGAGGGCUCAGGCGGCCGAGCAGGCGGAACAAGUGGCUGCGCAAGAAGCCGAACUGAAUUCGAAAAAACAACAAUUAGAAGGCUUGCGACUGGAAGAACAAAGAUUGGAGCAACAGAAAAGAGAAAGCGACAGUAAACUCCAAAGUUUGACAUCGAAUUUACAAGAAACUCAACUUAGUAUCAGUCAGGCUAAAGCUCUGAUAACUCAAUUGCAAGAACAGACGCGACAAAUGAACGACGCGAUAGAGGCAUGCGACACCGCUAUUCAAUCGGGAGACGCAAAUUCUGUACCUGAUACCGCUUUAAGCAUCAAGCCAGAUUUUCGCGAUCCUGAAUAUACCAAAGUGGGACUGGUUAACGGCAAUAGCAAUAAACAAAAUGGGUUUGGAGACGGGAAAGAUGAUCCAUUUAGUAGCAAAGAAAACGGGACAAACUUCUCGUCUGGUUUCGGGGAUGAUCUCUUUAAUAACGAUUCUUUUAAAAAUACCAAUGCCUUUGAACAAAGUGAUCCAUUCAAUUCUGCCUUCUCAAAGUCAAAUGAUGGCUUCUCAUCGGAUCCGUUCGGUGGGAGUUCGUUCAACACCGGAGCGGCGACGAAAGCAGAUCCUUUCGACGCGUUCGGGGACUCCCAGAAAAGUGCGGAUUCUACAGUCGAGCCCGAUAAGGAUCCAUUCGGUUGCGAUCCUUUUGCUGUUCUCCACGCCCCGACCAGAGAUGGUGCUGCGCCUCCUCGACCAACCAGUCCUAGUCCAGCUUUACCUCCAAAGAAAAGCAAACAGCCUCCUCCAAGACCGGCACCCCCACGACCAGCCCAGCCUCCCACUGUCAAAAGAUCAUCACAACCGGAUCUAUUCGGGAAUGACGCUUUCACUUCAAGCGGCGGUUUUGCCGAUUUUUCAAAUUUCGAGUCUAAGUGUUUGCACUAUAGUCACGUGAUUGGUCCCACUCCCCCUUCCCAGAAUCCCUUGCACAGUCCGUUUUCCACUACAAAGCCGACCGAUAAGACCGCACAGACGAAAGGUUUGGAUUUUACUGACGACCCAUUCCGAGACUACCGAUACGAGGAUCCAUUCAAUAUUAAAUUUGAUGAUGAGCCUGUCGAUGUUAAGGGGAGUCUAGGUAGCGAAAUCGACACGUUUGGGUUCCCCAAGUCGGAAAAGUUUGAUCCGUUUGGGUUGGACGGUCGGCAGUCGGUUCCGCUCCCGGGGGCCUCCACAGGGGCGGAUCCGUUCAGCGGCCGGGCCUCAGCCCCCAUCCCCAUGAAUGAGGAUCUGCAAUUGGCGUGGGCCGCCCGUGAAAGUCUCAAACUCGAAGAGGAUCGGAAAAAAAGACAGUUGCAAGAACAGGCGGAUCUAGAGUUAGCCAUCAGUUUAAGUAAAGCUGAAAAUAAAAAAUUGUAGCUCAUGUCAAUAAUAAUAAUAAUACGAGCUUGACUGUGGUACGCAUUUCUUUUUCGCUUAUCAAAAAUAUGGACAUAUCAUUUGGAUAAUUUCGCGUCAAAUAUUCAUUAAGUAUGCCUGUGCCUAUUUCACAAUACUCUUUUAAGGACUAUAACGAAUGGCAAUAUGUGUUUUCAAUAAUCCUUACAGUAUUCACCAAGACUCUGAAGAUUUAUUUUGUUUAUUUUUUUAUUUGUCGUUUCAAAUUUCAGUUAAUGCCGUUUAUGAUUUUUUAGUCAUGUAAAUAUGUUAUUAUUUAAAGUACAAUAUAAUUGUUAACUUUUAUUUUUGUUUUAUUUUGUAUUUUCCUUGGCCACCAAUUUUAUCUCGCCUGGAAUUAACCAGCAUUAUGCUAAGCUUCAUCAUUUAUCUAAAAACAAGGUUACAUUAUCUUCCACUUGUCUGUAAAUAAUUGUUACUAAAUAUUGUAAUUAGUGUAUUAAAAUGUUGACUUAUUCUGAAUAUGGCUUUUCUGAUGUAAACUGACAAUAGUCUUCACUGUAAUAGACUUAAGUGUGGGAAUAAUUUUUUUUCUGAAUGGGAAUUAGGAAGACUGUAAUUUGGAUUAUCAUGUGGGUGCCUGAGGGUUUUAUUGCCUGAACGACAACCGGCAAUUUUAUUGCCCUGUUACCUAUUUGUAGAUGUAGGGGAAAAACGGUUGAUAUCAUCGACCACAAGUAUAUCGUUUAGUUAGGAGUGAUUAGCAACGACUAGUGCUUUGCAUUACUUUGAUUAAAAUGUGAGCGAUUAUUUGUGAUUUUUCACGUUAAACAUUGGAGAUGUUUUCACUUGUACAGUGUUAUUACUUUGACAUUUUAUUGUUAAUUCUGUAGAUUUAUUAAAUGCACUUGUAUAAAUAUUGCACCUGAUGUGGAUUCUCAUAUGUCCGGAUUUACUAGCAGAUUAUUAUUUUCAACAAUCGACCACAACGUUGAUGGAAUGUCCUUAGAUGUUAUAAAAUAAUAUUUGUUGAAUGUUAGCCUCAUUUAGGUGUAAUUUUUAAGAAACCAUUAAAUCAUUAUGUAAGUAAACGCACUAUUUGUCAUGUA